AUGAGUCUACUCUCAAAAUCCAUCGUGCAGGCUUUUGCUGAGAGUGUGGCUGUGGGAGAUCUUGCCCCUGAAGCCGCAGAUGCGCUGGGUCCACAUUUGGAAGUCAGAUUGCGGGAGAUCAUCCAGGAUGCGUCAAAAUUCAUGCGGCACUCAAAGAGGCACACACUGUCCACGGAAGACAUCAAUAGCGCUCUUAUCUUAAAUCUGAAGGAGCCAAUAUACGGCUAUGGCAGCAAGGUCCCCGCCAGUUUCUCCACUGCACAGGGCCUGCGAGACACCUUCUUUGUCCAGGACCCCCUCUGCGACAUCCAAGAGGUGCUAGCGCAGCCGCUGCCCAGGUGUCCUGUGGAGGUGGGCACGCUGCCGCACUGGCUGGCCAUCGAGGGCAAGCAGCCCGCCACUGCAGAGAACGCCGUCAUCGAGCGCCGCAAACCAACCGCCAAGCGCACCAGGACUGCUGCUCAGCUAGACAGCACACCAGGCAUGCAACCCUGCAAGAAUUCCUCGUUCAAGAUGUUCAGUACUGUCCCUGCAGCCUCAUCAAGCGGCAGAGGCAGUGAAAAGGAGGAGCGUGCCGCACCGGUGAAUGGUCCAGUCGAGCAUGUGCUGUCCCAGGAGCUGCUGCUGUACCUGGACAGGGUCAAAGGCCUGCUGCAAGGCGAUGGUAUUGGCGGCCAGCAUUUGGAGGUCGGCCUGCUCACCAGCCUCGCACUUGAUCCUGGGCUGUCACCGCUGCUGCCGUACUUGGCGCAGCUUGUCUCCGAGGAGAUCCAGAAGUCCCUUAAGUCCCUGCGCCGUCUGCGCCUGCUGCUCAAGGUGGUGAGGGCGCUACUGCAGAAUGCCCACAUGGCACUGGAGGGCCACCUGCACCAGCUCAUUCCAGUAACGCUCACCUGCCUGGUGGCUAAAAAUCUGGGGGGGUCCCCCGCGGAGGACCACUGGUCGCUACGGGACGCCGCAGCCGCUACGGUGGGUGCCGUAAUCGCCCGUUACGGCGCUGACUACCCGGACGUGCAGACGCGCAUCAGCCGCCAGCUGCUCACCGCCUUCCUGGACUCUGCCCGGCCCCUCGCCACCCACUAUGGGGCGGUGAGGGGUCUAGCAGCGAUGGGCCCUAGGGUGGUGCGCCUGCUGCUGGUGCCCCACAUGCCGGCCUACAGCGCCCUCCUGGACAAGGCGCUCACUGGCGGCCGCCCCAGCAGCGUCCGGCGGCUGGAGGCCGAGCGCGUCCGCUCUGCGCUUCUGUCCGCCUUCCGCCUGGCAUGGACAGAGACAUCUAUGGCUCAGGCGGUGAGGUCGUAUGGAGAGGCUGGCAUGCGAUUCAAGCGGCCUGCCCCAAUAGAGCCGAUACAAAAAGGAGCAUCUGGCACUGCAGAGGACAAAGCAGAUGUAGCAGCAGGCACUGCAGCCACAGAAGCAGAGGAGGCGAAGACCACAGGAAAUGCUGAGGAAGGUAAUGACCAAGCAGCCGCAAGCAGCGCAGCAGAAAAUCCAUCAACAGAGAAGCCCAGUGGGUCAAAGGAACAGGGGCCCAUCGUGGCCCAAGCGGAAGAAGGGGCAUCGGCUCAAGGGAGCAUGCAAUCAGCGCCCAAUCGCUUUUUGCAGGGAUCUGAAACAUCUGCAGCUGCAUUACUGGCAGCAUACUCCACAUUUGGUGAUGCAGCACUGCCGUUUGUGCCUUUCGCACCUCUAUUUGAUGUACUUUUGUGA